UCACUCUUUGUAUCUGGUUAUUCGAAUGUCUCCCCUUGCUCCUCACAGGCGUCACAUUUGUCUUGCUGUCAGAUCGUCCAAACAUCAGUUAGACACACAUUACAGGCAUGGUCAGCUUCAGUACUAGGCUGCCGGUAACCCAGGAGAGAGAUUCGUCCUUCGUGUCGACUUUCUCAACAUUAGUCUUGCCGACCUUUCUUUCGUACUUUGCAAUGGGCGUGCUGGUUCAACGAAAACGCACUGCAAUGAUCCGCUUUGCGCUGCUUCCGGUUACAUUGCUAUGCGCAUAUCGAGUCGGCUCGUCGCUCGAUCUUUCUUUCGGCAUUCCUAACUACCGUACCUUCAAUCAAUGCUUAGUUGUCGGCAUGUUCGUCUUUGCGAUGCGAUCGACUACUUGGGCUUUCGCGAAAAAACCAUAUAAACGGAUUGCAUUGCAACCGAAGAAAAUAUUCAACGGUGAUACCAUGUCAGGCGGUACAAACAACCAGUCGACCAAUGAUGAUGAUGAUGAUGGUACCCUGUUCACCGCCAUCUGGAAUGCAUGGGAUCUAUUGUUUAACCUUCGCGGGAUUGGGUGGGAUUGGUCAGAAGGCUUACGCAUUCCAAAGAGCAGUCUUGGAACAAAAUCAACAUUAGAGUUCCUGCUCAUCACUCUCGCGAAGCUAGUCUUCUAUGUGCUCGCAACUGAUGUCACCUCUGGAGCUGCUCGCUAUUUUUCUCCGGGAACAGCUGGAUCAACUGAAGGGGGCACAAUAUUUGACGCAUCACUGACACCCCUCAGUCGCUAUACCCGGUCUUCUAUCGUUACGAUCCUCGUUGGUUCGACGAUAUAUCUUACGGCCGAAUUGAUUUAUCACAUAAAUACCAUCCAGUCUAUCUUGUUAUUCAGACAAACACCGUCUCAAUGGCCGCCCUUGUUUGAUAAUCCAUUGAUUUCGACAUCGUUGACCAGUCUUUGGGGUCGCAGGUGGCAUCAAUUGAUCCGGCAGUGCUUUAUAUCACUCGGUGCUCGACCAUUAUCAUACCUACUUGGUCGCACCGGAGGGGUGAUGGGCGCAUUCGUGAUCUCAGGUGUUAUGCACUAUGUCGGAUUGAAGGCAAUGAAACGAGGUAUUCACCCCGUUGCUACCUUUGGGUUCUUCAGCAUGCAAGGCGUGGGUGUAAUCCUUGAAGGCAUGUGGAAGAGGCGUACAGGCUUACGUGUCGAUGGAUUUUCGGGUUUGUUGUGGACUUGGGUUUGGGCGGUCUUUUGGGCCAACUUCAUGGUUGAUGAAUGUGCGAGAGCUGGUUUGGUCGGGUUCGUGCUCUUCCCUGACGAUUACAGGCCAAUAGUCUUGCUCGUCCACUUUUUGAAAUACUUAUUCCGAGCUGUUUGAAUUUUUGGAAAUUAUUGAUGUAGUUCAGUGGCGUUGAUAGCAUUGCUGCACAUACCUAUGAUACAGUAUGGAAAUAACAAGCACAAAAUUUGACAUUGUGCUGCAGGGACGAAUGUGAGUGGCCCGGCGUCGAGUACUAAAGUAGCGGUGACUCGAAACAAGGCAAUA